AUGAUCAAAUGUGUAGCUUUUCACGACAUCAGUCCCAAGGCCCCAACACAUUUCCUGGUCAUACCAAAAAAACCCAUUCGAAGAGUUUCUGAAGCAUCUGAAGAAGAUGAAAAUGUCCUGGGUCACCUGCUGAUAGUGGCAAGAAAAGUUGCAAAUGACCUCAAGCUUACUAAUGGCUAUCGAGUUGUCAUCAACGAUGGGCCAGAUGGAGGACAAGAAGUUUAUCAUCUGCAUAGUAUCAAGUCACCAGAUCCGGGGGAUUUUGAUUCAUACAAUGACAAACAAUAUUUCAAGUACCGGUACAGUCAAUCACAAUCCCUUUUCAGGAACAAUGAGAGGCAUUACAGGCAUCACGGCAGUGGCUCCCAUUAUCUCCAUGGUGAUGGGAAGCAUUCUCUGGACUCGAGGGCCCGAGAGGGAAAACACGAUUGGUCUAUCCAGGAUGAUGAAAAUGGGCAUCUCGUUUACCAAGUAGGAGAUGUUUUGAUCGGAAGGUACCAGAUUCUGUCUACUCUCGGGGAAGGCACAUUCGGACGAGUCGUCUGUGUGAAGGACCUCAAGAGGGAUCACAAACUUGCUGUGAAGAUCAUCAAAAAUGUUGCAAAAUAUCGAGAAGCUGCAAAAAUUGAGAUUGAGGUCCUGGAAACCCUGAUGCAGAGAGACCCCAAUGGAAGACAUCUUUUUGUGAAAAUGUUUGACUGGUUUGAUUUCCAUGGACACAUCUGCCUUGUCUUUGAGAUGCUUGGCUUGUCUGUCUUUGAUUACUUAAGGGAUAAUCACUACCAGGCAUAUCCAAUGGAACAGGUCAGACACAUAGCUUAUCAAGUGUGUUAUGCUACAAACUUCUUACAUGAGAACCAGCUCACACACACAGACUUGAAGCCAGAGAACAUCCUUUUUGUUGAUUCUGACUUUGAGAUCUCAUAUGAUCCAGAUGAGAAGUGUGAUUAUAGGCAUGUGAAGAAUACCGAUGUGAAGCUGAUCGAUUUUGGCAGUGCAACGUUCGACGACGAUCAUCACAGCACUGUGGUUUCUACAAGACAUUACCGUGCUCCUGAAGUGAUUCUUGAAUUGGGCUGGUCUCAGCCAUGUGAUGUGUGGAGCAUUGGUUGCAUCGUCUUUGAGUUGUAUUCUGGAGCGAUGCUCUUCGAGACGCAUGACAACCGUGAACAUCUGGCAAUGAUGGAACGUGUUUUGAGCCCUCUUCCAUCUAUUCUGACGGCAAACAAAAGGCAGACCCGCCGCUCCUUGCCUGGUGUUGGAUACCCAGUGCCAGGUCCAGUGUUUGCCAUCGAGGCCAGGAGUGACUCUGAAUCAGAACAGGAUUCUCCUGUACUCCAGGUCCAUGUCAUUCCCAAGGGAAAGCCGGGCUGGAGGUCGAGUUGGGUCAAGGGCAAGCCCUCACCCAGGCCUCAGCCAUCCUAUAGCAGCAGCAGCUCUUCUAGUUUUUCCUCUGUCAGUUCAAAGGUUUCAAGGGUCCAGUCCGAUCCCCAGGUUUCCAGACUCUUUCCGUGCCAGAUCUCCAAGUCUCCGUCAGACUCAAGGGUUUCAUCCAAGGAAAGUCCCAAAGUUGCAACAUCUCAAAAGCUGAGUCCUAAGGCAAGUAAAGCUUUAACUGCUGCCACCAGAUCAUCAUCAGUCAAGAGCGAAGGCGAUAAACACAAGCAACUUCUGAUGGAUGUUAAGACCCAGUUGGAUUACAUGAAUGAUGCCAUGGAGAAGAUUUCUCAAAUGGAGAAUGCAUUUGCUGAGCUGAGGGAAUCACAUGAGACACUGAUGAAGGAGGCAUGUGCAAAACUGCAAACCCUUGCCAUGCAGCUUAAUGUGAGCCUUCUCGAAGCUCAGCCAUAUUUUCAAUCCCUUGCCAAAAUUCAAAAGCUGCAGGAGGCACUUAUGGAGGUGUCAGCGGAGCAUCAGUCGGCGAAGGAAGGGGCAUCGAUCCUCCACAUAGUGAUAAAGGACCUGAAAAAGUGGAAGGAUGGGAAGCAGGCUCAGGACAGGAGGACCUGCAAGCUGAUCAUUAGUCAGAAAAAGAGAGAGUAUGAGACAUUGUUGGAGCAGGAGAGGCUUCUGAGGGAGCACAAAGAGCAGUUACAGGCCAGAACUCAAGCUGCUGAGAUCCAGCUUGCCAUCCUCCACGGUGACCUCAUCAAGCACGUUCAGAAAGCUCAGCCAUUCUAUGACAAGAAGAUUCACUAUGAGUCCAAGUUGAAUGAGAUGCUGUCAUGCAUGGAGAGCCUGAUGGAGCAGAUGAGGGAUCAGAAGCAUAACUUCAAUGUAGCCCUGCAUGCCCUCGAGAUCCUCCAUCUCAAAAUUGAGUGCAUUAAAGGAUCUAGGAAGACCGUCAAAGACUCCCUUCAGCCUGUUGCUUCAGCAUCAGCCCUAAAAGAAAAGGAAGGGCUUUUCAUGAGCAAGUCACAUCUGCCAAAGCCUCUGGAUGAUGUGACUGGGAAUGGGAAUAGCCUUCACAGUCUGCAGCUCUCAUCCAGCAUGGAGGGGGAGCAGCCAUGGAAGUGCAAACUUCCAGCAAAGAUUCCACCCAACCCAAGUAGGCUUCUGCUGAGUUCGAGAGAAGACAGGUGUCUUCAGGGUGUCAGAGCUCACCUGGAGCAUGUGAACGAGGCCAUGGAGGACAUUCAAAAGAUGGAGACAGCAUUCAAUAAAGAGAGGAAGUUGUAUGAUGAAGCAAUGAAGGAGACAUCUGGGAAGCUCCAUUUCAUGGCAAAUCAAAUCAGCUUCCACCUUGUCCAGGAUAAACCUUGUUUUGACUCCAAAUGUCUCAUCUCCCAGGUACAGGAGCAGGCAGAGAAGGAGAAGCAGGUGGUGGACAAAGAGGUGAACCUGGUGCAAGGGGUGAUGCACAAAAUAAAGGGAAGGAGGAUGGGAACACCCAGCAGUACCCAUAUGGCAUCCCUGGCCAUCCUCUCAUGCAAGAAACAUGAGAAUGAGGACCUUGGCACUGAGAUCUGGGACCAGAAACACAAGAUCCAGCAGCUUCAGGAGAAGCUAAAACUGGCUGAGAUGCGCAUGAAGGUCUUGCACGGGGAACUGAUGCGGAGAAUCAAGAAAGUCCAGCCAUUCUACGACUUCAAGGAGCAGCAGGAGAAGCGACUGGGAGAGAUGUUGAACUUGAUGGAGUCGCUGGUGAAACCCAUUGUGGAGCAGAAGCAGCUGUUCCACGAGGCACUGGGUGCACUGGGGCAUCUCCAUUCUGGCAUCGCACAGAUCUGCUCUCCUGAUGCUUCAUCAUCCGGAGAUGUUCAUCAUGUUGCUCAACUUAGUACAAAUGACCACAAGAAAUUGCCACCUGUUUGCAUCUGCAACCUUAACUCGCCGAAAAAGCCACAGGGAGCGACGACGCCCGAUGGGGCUCUUGCCGAGCACGCGGAGGAGACGGAGACGACGUCCGAGAGCGUCGGAGAGGGCCCGGCCGUCGCCCGGGUCCACAGGCAUCGUCUACUUGAGCUCGCCAGGAGAUUUCAUGAAUCCAAGGCAACUAGAUCGGUUGGGGUUGUCCUCUCCGUGAAAGGGAAUAGAAGGUUAAAGGAGGAGGUGGGCUCCAUUUGCCACGUGUCCGGGUCGCAGAAGGCGCUGCAGAGAAAUUCUUCACCAGCAAUCGAAGCCGUGUCGAUCCCAGACCUCGACCGUCGGCUUGGCAAGCGGUCAGAUUUCCGAGGUGGUCCCACCGAAGAUCCAUACUGGCGGGGCUAG